GGCGCUGCGGGUGCGGGAGCGGCACCGGCACCGGCAUGGGCGUGCAUGUGGAGACCAUCGCCCCCGGCGACGGGCGGACGUUCCCCAAGCGCGGCCAGACCUGCGUGGUUCACUACACGGGUAUGCUGGAGGACGGGAAGAAGUUCGAUUCCUCCCGCGACAGGAACAAGCCGUUCAAGUUCGUGAUGGGCAAGCAGGAGGUGAUCCGCGGCUGGGAGGAAGGCGUCGCUCAGAUGAGCGUCGGUCAGCGGGCGAAGAUGACCAUCUCCCCAGAUUACGCCUACGGCUCCACCGGGCACCCCGGCAUCAUCCCACCCAACGCCACCCUGAUUUUUGACGUGGAGCUCAUGAAAUUGGAAUGACCCCAGCACCCUGUCCUCGGGUUUGGCACAUGGAGGAACCCAGAACCUCAGCUUCAAGACGAGUGCACAUGACUUUGUACGGAGCUUUUCCUGAUAGCCCACUACACAUUGUAUAACCUUACACCUUGAUUGAAUGCCUUUGGUCACCGAGCUUUGCGUCCGACUCUUCCUCCUUGUAUCGUGGUUUUAUGUCUUUUUAAACUCUACGCCGUAAACCUCAA